AUGUCUUCCGUCACCGAAGCCAUCAAAUCUACUUUUGGCGGCCCAACGAAUACCGCGAAGCACGCCGACCUUCAGCGUGACGUCGUAGACCCGAGUAAGGUCACGCAGAAUGUCCUCACCACCGAUCAUGGCGUGAAAGUCUCCGACACCGACAACUGGUUGAGAGCGACGAAUGGUAGCAACGUCGGGCCCGCGCUGCUCGAAGACCAGAUUGCAAGAGAGAAGAUACAUCGUUUCGACCACGAGCGCAUCCCAGAACGGGUCGUCCAUGCACGUGGUGCUGGUGCGUUUGGUUACUUCAAGGUUCACGAUAAUCGUGCCUCCAAAUACACCUCCGCUCCUGUCCUCACCGACCCUUCGCGGACAACACCUGUUUUCAUCCGCUUCAGUACUGUUCAAGGCUCUCGGGGAAGCGCCGACACCGUCCGUGACGUUCGAGGCUUCGCCAUCAAGUUCUAUACGGAGGAAGGUAACUGGGAUCUUGUCGGUAACGACAUCCCAGUCUUCUUCAUUCAAGACUCCAUCAAGUUCCCCGACGUCGUCCAUGCCGUCAAGCCUGAGCCGCAUAAUGAGGUGCCGCAAGGCCAGAGUGCCCAUAAUAACUUCUGGGAUUUCGUCGGUCUUCAACCAGAAUCCGCACACAUGGUAAUGUGGGUGAUGUCAGAUCGUGGGGUUCCUCGCUCGUACCGUAUGAUGCAAGGUUUCGGUGUGAACACGUACUCCCUCUAUAAGAUGGACGGUGAACUUCACUAUGUCAAAUUCCACCUCAUUCCCGAACUCGGCGUACACAGUCUUUCCUGGGACGAGGCGCUCAAGAUUAACGGUCAAGAUCCCGACUUUCACCGCAAGGAUCUCUUCGAGGCCAUCGAAAGCGGUUGUCCCGCUAAGUGGAAGUUCUGUAUUCAGACUAUCCCUCAGUCGAAGGAACACGACUUCGAGUUCGACAUUCUGGACGCCACUAAGUUGUGGCCCGAAGAACUUGUGCCUCUCGAAGAGAUUGGGGAGCUCGUCCUGGACCGUAACCCACAAGAGUAUUUCCCGGAGGUCGAGCAGGUCGCUUUCUGCACCUCCCAUGUCGUCCCCGGUAUUGGCUUCAGCGACGAUCCCCUUCUCCAAGGCCGUAACUUCUCGUACUUCGACACUCAAAUUAGCCGCCUUGGUAUCAAUUGGGAGGAGCUCCCCGUCAAUCGUCCCGUUUGUCCAGUGUUGAAUCACCAGCGCGAUGGGCAGAGAAGGCACCGUAUCACGCCUGGCCAAAUCAACUAUUCCCCGAAUCGCAUGGACGUCUUUCCUCCGGUCCCCCCUUCCGCAGAUGGCAAAGGUGGCUAUCACACCCACCCACUCAAAGUCGAAGGCAUCAAGCAGCGUGUACGAACUGCUAAAUUCCAGGAGCACUUCAACCAAGCUCAGCUCUUCUAUAACUCCCUCGCACCGAUCGAGAAGAAGCAUUUAAUCUCUGCCAUCUCUUUCGAACUGGACCAUUGUGACGACCCAGUUGUAUAUGAGUCAUACACCAAGGUCCUCAACAACAUUGAUUUCGACCUCGCGAAGCAGGUGGCGAUCAACGUCGGUGGCGUCAUUCCGGACAAACCUGCUAGACAAAACCACGGCAAGAAGAGCGCCCCGCUCUCGCAGAUGUACUAUAAGCCGGAGAAGCCUACCAUCGCUAGUCGCCGCAUCGCAUUCCUCAUCGCUGAUGGCUUCAACUUGACGGAAUUCACCGCUGUGCGCGCUGCGUUCGCCAGCGCGAAGGCCAACUGCUUCAUCAUCGGUCCCCGCCGUGGCGAGAUUUACCCCGCUGGUGUGGAGCAUAAGCCUGGUAACGGCAUUGGCGCCGACCACCACUUCGAGGGCCAGCGUUCGACGUUGUUCGACGCCCUUUACAUCCCCUCUGGCGAGCACGUCGCGACCCUUGCGAAGAAUGGCCGCACGAUCCACUGGGUGCUGGAGGCAUUUGGCCACUGCAAGGCUAUCGGUGCCGUUGGCGAGGCCGUGACCUUCCUCCGUGAUGCUGUUCGUCUCCCUGGCGCUGUCGAGCUCCAGACCGAUCUCAAGAGCGAUGGUGUGGUCGAGUCAUACGGUGUCGUUACCGCUGGUUCUUACAGCGCGAAGUCGGGCGCUAGCGACGCUAUCAAAAUCGCGCCCGGAGAGAAGGGCUUCGCCGCCAAUUUUGCCUUCGCCAUCUCUCAGCACAAGAACUUCCAACGAGAAUUGGACGGUCUGACUGACAUGGUUGCGUAUUAAUUGAGGAGAUAAUCAGUGAAGCAGUCGCAGCCGUUAUACUAUAGUUGUACCAGUAUAUGCAGUGUACAUUUUGUUAGCUUAUUGUUUGAUAAUCUCCGCCCUUUGUAUAAUAUCUCGCGUGUUCUUGCAUCCAACUUUCUCUUCACGACGAAC